CCUUUCUACUCAUUCAGUUUACAUAUCCUUACUUUGAAUCAUAUUAACUGUGAAAUUGGAUCUUAGAUUCUUAGAUCAUUGAUCAAUCACUAACUGCAUAAAUCUGCAUUAGAUCUCUCUCCUUUUGUUAGAAGAUGGAUGGUUCCACAUCUGAAGUGAUCCCCUUGGGUAAAAGGUUACAGGGUAAGGUAGCAAUCAUAAUGGGUGGUUCCAUUGGUAUCGGUGGUGAUACUGGAAUCGGAACAACUACCGCAAAAUUGUUCGUUCGCCAUGGAGCCAAGGUUGUCAUUGCGGACAUUCAAAAUGCUCUCGGUCUAUCUGAUUUGUCUGAAGAUUCUGCUGACAUGAUGUCAUAUUAUGUCUACUGCGACAUCACAAAAGAGACGGAUAUACAAAAUGCGGUAGAUAAAACGAUUGAGAGGUAUGGCAAGCUUGAUAUUAUGUAUAGCAACGCUGGGAUCCUUGGUGAUGGAUACGGUAAAUCUGUAUUAGAUGGUACUCUGGAGGAUCUACAGAGAGUGUUUAAUGUCAAUGUUUUUGGUGCGUUCUUGUCUGCUAAACAUGCUGCUAGAGUUAUGGUUCCAGCAAAGAAAGGUAGCAUAAUCUUCACUUGUAGUCUUGCUUCGGUUCUCGCUGGAGAAACUUCGAAUGCUUACACAAUGUCCAAACAUGCAGUGUUGGGAUUAACUAAGAAUUUGUGUGUUGAAUUAGGAGAGUCUGGGAUCAGAGUCAAUUGUAUUUCUCCAUUUGUGAUUGUCACUUCAACGGUGAGCAGUGGUGGCGGAAUAGAAGCUGGCAGUUUGGAGAAUGUGGUUCAUGAGUCGGCAAACUUGAAAGGGGCGAUCCUGAAAACAGACGAUGUGGCGGAAGCAGCGGUGUAUUUGAGCAGUGACGAGUCGAAGUAUGUAAGCGGGCUUAACCUUGUUAUUGAUGGUGGAUAUAGCACCACAAAUCCUACUUGUAGCAGGAAUUUGAAAUCCCUAAUUAGUGAUUGACAGUAAGUUAUUAUCAGCUUAUGCUUUCUCUUGUAGACAACGUUUCAAAAAAGGAAAACGACUAAUGGAAGUUUCUUUGAAUGUAGUCCGUAGAACUUUAUUCCCCACUUGUCAAAAGUAAAUAAGAUUGGCAUUCUGAAA